UUUAUGGACUUCAUGAGGACUCGUAGUAGCGGAAAAACAAACACACAGUGAAAGUGUUUUGAUCGCAUUGGUCAUGACACGCGUUGAAUUGGCGUAUCAUUAUUGUACAGAUGGAAGAAAAUAACGUAAGGCGGUGACAUGCUUUGAUCUCCGAAGGAAGGCGAAUUUGCAGGUCACUCAAAGGGACAUGGAAGUGAAGUGGAGGAGAAGAGAAAAAAAGUUCCUAGCUAGUGCGGUAAUAGCAAGCUGCUAGAUAGCUGUUCGACAAGCUCAUGGCAGCUGUCUUACAUUUUAACUGUAUCUUAUUUCGUGUCGUUUGCUCUUUUCAAAUGACUGUUUACUAGUUCCUUUGCACGGUUUGAGUUAGCGUGCUCGCGGAGAUAACAUCGAUAGCCAGCUGAGUUGACCCUUGUCGCUACUCGCUAGCUAGUAGCCAGGUGAAGUUAAAAAAGGUUAACGCUAUAACCUUGAACAAGUUUGUUUACAUGCAUUUAACAAAACGCAAUCCUUUUUCAUGAUCAGAACUUCAGUAGUUCACGCGCAUCACCCACAAGAUGUUCAGGUAGCUGAUGUACAGAUUGUCUGUUGCGUGUUUUAUGACAGUCGAGAUAAUGCUGAAGACCAAAUGAGUUCAGACGCAAGUUUACAGUAGGACUGCUACACUGAACUGCUUAUCAGGGGGUUGUGUGAAAUUAGUUCUAGUCUAUCCCCCUCUUUCUACAGCAUAUACAUGAUUCCCGUGUUUUAUUUACUUGACUGACUAGUAUUAUUCGUUUUGUCAGUAUAUUCAAGAAUUCAUCCAGGAAGUACGUUUAGUGUGUCCAUAGAACCAUGUCAAUCACGUAUGUUAAGCUUCCACCACAGAUCAAGAACCCCUCGGCGGUUCGGAAAGCAGCCUUGCUUUUGGUCGCCGCCUAUGGCAUCAAAAAGCUCUAUCCUCACAUAUACGCCAAGCUCACAGGCAAAAGGCCAGGUAGACAGCCCUCGGGGCCCCUGUCUCUAGCUACCAGCACCAACGGGGUGCCCAACGGCCUGUCAGAAAAGGAGAAGCGCAAAAGCUCCUCCCCGGCUGUCAACCGUGAGUUCCUGGUGCGCCUCGGCCACCUGCUGCGCAUCCUCUUCCCCCGUCUGGUGUGCAAGGAGCUGGGCCUGCUUGGCUUCCACUCGGUGGCUCUCAUCUCGCGGACUUUCCUGUCCAUCUACGUCGCGACCCUGGACGGCAGCAUCGUCAAGACCAUCGUGAAGAAGGACCCACAGGCGUUCGUGUGGGAGCUGACCAAAUGGCUCCUCAUCGCCAUCCCGGCCACCUUCGUGAACAGCGUCAUCCGCUACCUGGAGGGUCAGCUGACGCUGGCCUUCCGCACGCGCCUGGUCUCGCACGCCUACCACCUCUACUUCAGCCAGCAGACCUACUACCGCGUCAGCAACCUGGACGGCCGGCUGGCCAACCCGGACCAGUCGCUCACCGAGGACAUGGUGAUGUUCGCCGCCUCGGUGUCCCACCUCUACUCCAACCUCACCAAGCCCAUCCUGGACGUGGUGGUGACCUGCUACACGCUGCUCCGGGCGGCCGAGUCCAAGGGCGCCAACACCACCUGGCCCUCGGCCAUCGCGGGCAUCGUGGUGGCGCUGACGGCCAAGGUGCUGAGGGCCUUCUCGCCGCGCUUCGGCAAGCUGGUGGCCGAGGAGGCGCGACGCAAGGGCGAGCUGCGGUACAUGCACUCGCGCAUCAUCGCCAACUCGGAGGAGAUCGCUUUCUACGGCGGACACAAGGUGGAGAUGUCUCAGCUUGAGCGCAGCUACAAGGCGCUGUCCUCCCAGAUCAACCUGAUUCUCUUCAAGCGCCUCUGGUACGUCAUGCUGGAGCAGUUCCUAAUGAAGUACCUGUGGAGCGCCUCAGGACUCGUCAUGGUAGCCGUACCCAUCAUCACCGCCACCGGCUACUCCAAACACGAUUCGGAGGAUGUGAAGCAGGCUGCCAUGGUGAUGAAGGAGGAGGACCUGGUGAGUGAGCGUACGCAGGCCUUCACCACGGCCAGAAACCUGCUCAACGCCGGAGCCGACGCCGUGGAGAGAAUCAUGAGCUCCUACAAGGAGAUCACUGAGCUGGCAGGCUAUACGGCGCGCGUGCACGAGAUGUUUGCUGUGUUCGAGGACGUGCGAGCGGGCGUGUACCGACGCUCAGCGGGGAGCGUGGAGGCUCGUCAGGCCCAGGAUGGUGACCCACAGCAGGCCGUACAGCAUGGCAUGAGGGUGGAGGGACCCCUGGAGGUCAGAGGUCAGGUGAUCGAUGUGGAGCAGGGCAUUCGUUGUGAGAACCUCCCCAUCAUCACUCCCACUGGAGACGUGGUGGUGUCCUCCCUCAACAUCCAGGUGACAGAGGGGAUGCAUCUGCUCAUCACUGGUCCUAAUGGCUGUGGUAAAAGCUCCCUCUUCCGCAUCCUCAGUGGCCUGUGGCCCGUUUACAAUGGAGUACUCUACAAACCAUUGCCCGAACACAUGUUCUACAUACCACAGAGGCCGUACAUGUCUGUGGGCACUCUAAGGGACCAGGUGAUCUACCCUCACACGGUGGAGGAGAUGGGUCAGAAGGGCAUCUCAGACGAUCAGCUGGAGGACAUUCUGAGGGUGGUCAACCUCCGAUACAUCCUGGAGAGAGAAGGGGGCUGGGAUGCGGAGAGCGACUGGAAGGAUGUGUUGUCCGGAGGGGAGAAGCAGAGGAUGGGAAUGGCACGCAUGUUCUACCACAAGCCCAAGUACGCGCUGCUGGAUGAGUGCACCAGCGCGGUGAGCAUUGAUGUGGAGGGCAAAAUAUUUGAAGCCGCUAAGGACGCUGGGAUAGCUCUCCUCUCCAUCACACAUCGACCCUCGCUUUGGAAGUACCACUCUCACCUGUUGCAGUUUGACGGCGAGGGUGGCUGGCGCUUCGAGAAGCUGGACGCCUCCACCCGCAUCUCGCUGCAGGACGAGAAGCACCGGCUGGAGACGCAGCUCUCCGGCAUCCCCAAGAUGCAGCAGCGGCUGGCCGACCUGUGCCGCAUGCUGGGCGAGGACAGCACCACGCUGCCCCCCCACGUUGCCAUAGGGGAGCUGCCCCCCCAUGUAGCCAUCGAGGAGGAGGAGGAGGAGAAGGAGGAGGAGGAGGAGGAGGGGCAGCAGGUGGCUGCAGACCAGCAGCAAGGGGCGGAGUUGAACGGGGAGAAGAAAGGGGAGGGGCUGGAGCAGGCUGCGGUGGAGAAGGAGCAGGAGAAUGGAGUUGUGGUAUAAUGUUGGCAGAAUGGAAUGGGGGAGGGGGAUUGAAGUGCCAGUUCAAGUGUGUGUGUGUUUGUGUGUGUGUGCCUGCGUGCGUGCACGUGUGUGUGCGCCCAUGCUCAUGGCCAUCCUGGGUGACAGGACAUGGAGGAUGAGGUUAUACUAGAACAGGCUGGACCAGAGAGGAAGAGAGAAGUUGAAUGCAGCUAGAGCAGGGGAAUGGGUUGUUUGGUGAUGUGAUGCAGACCUUGCUUUUGGCAGAAUGAACGGGAGAGAGAAAGGGAUGAAUUCCAAUGAAUGCCAGUCCAGGUGUGUGCGUGCGUGCGUGGUGCGUGCGUGCGUCCGUCCGCCAGUGUCCGCCAGUGUCUACCAAAGCUCGGUAGAGCUAUGGGACUGCAGCUGGAGGGGUCUGCAGCGUUGGGUACGGGGGAGGGGUUACAUAGGGAGACGAAAGGGGCGGGGCUGGAGCAGAUGGGAGGAGAGGUGGAGGGAGGACUGGGGUAGUGGGGUGGGAAUGGGGGGUGGUGUAGGGUGUUGGCAUUGCUGUUGUGUUGGCAGAAUGGCGAGGGGGGGAAGGGAUGGAUUCAUGUGCCAGUCCAGGUGUGCUUCUGUCUGUGUGAGCAAAAAACCUACGCUGGAACAAUAAGGUUUGCUUGGUGUGUGUGUGUGUGUGUGUGCGUGUCUUGUCUGUGUGGUUGCGAGUGAGUGCGUGCAUGUGUGUGUGACAGCAACUGAUGCUGAGAGAGAGAGAGUUAGAGAGAGAGAGAGACAUAAUUGAAUGCUGGAAAAGU